UCUGCUGAAAAUCACAAUGGGGAUAUUUUCAAGCAAGGAACAGACAGAGUCUGCUCCAUGCAGCCUGCUCACGGUAAAGAUCAUAAAGAUAAAAAAUCUUCGGAAGGCAGACCUGUUAACCCAGUCUGACUGUUAUGUGACUUUAUGGCUGCCAACUGCUUCAAUGAAAAAAGAAAAGACCCAUACUGUGAACGAUAACAAAGACCCAGUGUGGAAUGAAAGUUUUCACUACAGAAUUCAAAAUCAAGUAAAGAACAUUCUAGAGCUCCGAGUGUAUGAUGAAGAUAGACAUACUGAAGAUGAUCACCUCCUGACUGUUUUCUUUGAUGUAUCUAAAAUCAAUCUUGGAGAAACAACCCGCCUGAAUUUUCAGCUGAAUCCAAAGGGUGAGGAGGAACUAGAAGUUGAAUUCACACUGGAAAGCAGCCCCGAUGUUCCAGAAAAAAUUGUUACGAAUGGAGUUUUAGUGUCUCGUGAAGUUGCCUGUUUGGAAGUUCAAAUCGAUAACGGACGAAUGAAGCAGGAUUCAACACAACGAAGAUACAAUCUUUCAGUUGGUGGAUCCCAUGAAGGACCCCAGGAGCUCACAUUGGGCAACUGGCUUUGUCCUGCAUCUUCAGUUAAAUUUCACUUUAUAAAAUAUUUCCAGUCAGAACUGGACAUUGAACUCCCAAGGUGGCUCUGUUCGGCAUCCAGUGAACCAAAUGAGUCAAAGAGCAUUCCCCUGAAUUCACUUCCUAUACGAGAGAAUGUAUCAGUAGCACCGAACAAAACAUUUGAGUUGGAUGUGAAGUCAAAAGAUUGGACUGAAGGCUGGCUGUGGAAAACACCAAAGCAGCUUGAUCUGAGACUAGACUAUGAUCUGUGCUCAAGUGAAAAGAGUUUCCUGCAGAAGCGGAAGAAAGUGGUGGCUGCUGCUCUGAAAGGUGUCCUUCAGUUAGAGCGAGGUCUACAAGAGAAUGAAGUGCCUGUCAUUGCUAUGACAACUACAGGGGGUGGGAUGAGAGCACUGACAGCUAUGUAUGGCAGCCUUUGGGGUCUUCAGAGACUGAAGCUUUUAGACUGUAUUUCAUAUAUCACUGGCUCGUCAGGUGCAACAUGCACCAUGACAAAGUUGUAUGAAGAUGCUGAUUGGUCAAAUAAAGACCUUGGGGAGAUAAUCAAGCAUGCUCGGAAGCAAGCCGCCAAAUCUAAAACGAGUGCCUUUUCUUGUGAGAGUUUAAAGAACUACUACAGGGAGCUAUGUCAGAGGACAGUUGCAGGAUACAAGACAUCCUUUAUAGAUCUUUGGGGACUCAUGAUUGAGGCCAUGCUGAAUGAUGGGAACAAUAAUCAAAAACUAUCAGAUCAGCGAAAGGCAGUGAACCGAGGUCAGAACCCUCUGCCUAUAUACCUGGCACUCAAUGUUAAAGACAAAAUCACCACGAGAGAUUUUAGAGAGUGGGUAGAAUUCACACCCUAUGAGGUAGGAUUCCCAAAAUAUGGAGCCUUUGUUCAUGCUGAAGAUUUUGGAAGCCAAUUUUACAUGGGACGUUUGAUGAAGAAGCUCCCAGAAUCAAGGAUCUGUUUCAUGCAAGGGUUGUGGAGCAGUGUAUUUUCCAAAAAUCUGCUGGAUGCCUGGCAUGCAGCUGACCAUUCAGAAGACUUCUGGAAUAGAUGGACCCAAGAUGCUGUCACUGAAAUUGAGGAAAUACCUGAUUUACCAGAAAGACCUUAUGAGAUGCCAACUAGCAUGUUCACUCCUGCCGGAGGACUUUCCAGCACCCUGCGGGGUAUUUUAACAGACCGUCCAGCAGUAUCAAAGUAUGACAAUUUCUUAAAAGGGUUCCAAAUGCACAAUGAAUACUCCCAGCAUCCACGAUUUUCUAAAUGGAAAGACACUGUCAUUGAUUCUACUCCUAAUCAACUACAAGACCCUGAAGAACACCUGGAACUGGUUGAUACAGCUUUCUUCUUUGAUACCAGUUGUCCACCUCUUCUGAGACCAGAGAGGAAAGCAGAUGUCAUCCUGCACUUCAACUACACAGGGGGGUCACAAACUAAGCCUUUGGAGCAGGCUUCCACGUACUUCUCAGAGCAAGGAAUCCCAUUUCCCAAGAUCCUGCUAAAUGAAGAAGAAAAGAAAAACUUAAAGGAAUGCUAUGUGUUUGACGAGGAAGACAACCCAGAUGCUCCCAUAGUGAUUUAUUUCCCACUAGUGAAUGACUCCUUUCAGAGAUAUGUUGCACCUGGAAUGGAACGAAGUGCAGCUGAAAUGCCACUGGCUAAUAUUGAUCUCUUUAGUGCCUUUUCUCCAUAUUCUACAAGACAGUUCUCCCUGCAAGAGGAGGAUUUCAACAAGCUCCUCAAUCUCACUAAUCACAAUGUGCAGAAUAAUGCAAACACAAUCUUUCAUGUUUUACAAAAGGCAGUAGAAAGGAAGAAACAGAGGCAGUCUUCACACACAUAAUCAUCAUGAAUAUUUCUUCUUUAUUCUCUAAGAAGAAAGAACUAGGUGAAAAUGGACUAGAAGCAUGACUUGAAUUCUGGCUGCUGAAAGUUACUCCUGAUUAUCCUCAUGCAUUUGACAGAGGGUAGUUCCAUGUGUGCUUGAAAACCCCAUAAAACUGGAAAAUAUGCUGCAUUUCUUACCUUUAAAACAGACCGCACAAAUACAUAAAUCUCAAAUAGAACUAAAAUUAAAAAGGCACAAUUAAACUAAAAGUUUUAAAAACAAAAGAAUCAGUUCAUACAUAAUAACUCAGCCUAGUAAUAUAACAACUAAUCACAGUGAUACAGAUAUAUCCAAAAUUGCGAACAAUGGUGGUUUGUGGUGGUGGUAGACUUAGAAGUCCUAGUUUCCCAGGACAAGGUGUGUACCAUUACAUUGCAAUAAAAAGUACACUGAGUACUGAAAACAAAAAUCCAGUCUAAAGAUUAAAUGAUCCAUCCUUAGUGGGUGUAAACCACUCUCUGCAUAAUGUACCUUUUCCAGACUAGGAAGUGGUACCUUUGACACUCCCUCACUUAACAUAAGAAUCCCAACAAUACAGCAGUAAUUAAACAGGCUGCCUUUGAGAAAAGUAGACUCUGCAUACCAUUGAAGUCUAUACUGGAGAACUAGAGAAAUGCAAUUUCCCCACCUCACCCGGUCUCACUGCAGCUUCUUUGCCCCUGAACUUGUAUUUCAUCAAGUCAAUGGACCCAAAGAAACAGUACAGAAGAGCAAAUUUGGAACACAAAUUUGCAGUGAAAAGGGUAAUAAGUGAAACUUCUCUUCCCUCCUCCACAGUUGGAAGAGCCAAUCCAUUGGAGGAGCUGCUGCUGUGCCAACAAAACCGUGCAAUAUGGUAAUUUUUGCUCCUAACGUUUAUCCCGCAUCUAUGGCUGGCAUCUUCAGAAGCAUGUCCAGACAGAAAUGAUCUCACCAUGACAUGUCUCUGAACGUGCCAGACAUAGAUGCUGGAGAAACGUUAGGAGCAAAAACUACCAACCAUGACUACACAGCCUGGAAAAUCCGAAACAGCCAGUUGAUUCCGGCUGUGAAAGCCAGCCACAAUACAUACAUGCACACAGACAGUGAAAAACAGCGCACACCUUUUGAAAUCUUGAUGGCUGUGAUGAAUUGUUUUUGAAAAAUAAGAAAAAAACGAGACAAUAUAUAAUUAUGUACUCAAUACAAAUUAAAUAUGCAGAAUAUAUAUAUAUAAAGUUUUUAUAUAUAUAAAGUUACUGUAGGAAUAAUGAAUAAUGCCAGGACUUUUCAUAUUUAUAUUUCUAUAUCAGAUUUAAUAUACUGUCCCAUCCCCAAAGGGCUCUGGGCGGUAUACAACCAAUAAAACAACCACAUUAAAUCAUGAUCACUAAAACAACAUUUUUAAAUACCUGCUAAACGCAACCUCCAUCUUAAAAUCAGAUGACAUAAACAAUGGACUCAUUGGGUGGUUGGCGUAAUAUGGACAAGCCCCCAAGGUAGAAUAUGGGGCGCAGGGGACGGCAUCUUCAAUGGCCGACCUCCCCAAAAACCCGGAGGAACAACUUUGUCUUGCACGCCUUCUGGAACUGUUCUAGGUUCUGCAAGGCCCGGAUGGCUGGGGGGAGAGUGUUCCACCAGGUUGGGUCCAGGACACUAAAGGCCCUGGCUUUAGGCCUUUAGUAUCAUGGAGGGGCCCAGGACCACCAGCAAAUUGGCCUCUGCCAAACGCAGAGGUCCAACAGGGACAUUUGGGGAUAUUUUUCAUAUACUGUUGGUUUCAAUUAAAUGUUGGUACAUUGCCCCAGUGUGUAUCUUUCUCAUAAAAGAAAGGAUGUUAUAUUUAAGCAUAAAAACAAUAAAAGAUAAUAAAAUGAUAGAAAAACUAGCACCAAAUUAGUCAAGAAUGAAAAAUAUCAAAGAGGUUGAAGUCAAAAUAUUUAUUUUUAUCUGCAAUAGAAAAUUUAACAAAAUAUCAUAGUUAUAAAGAUGCCAGUGAGAAAUAUGGAACAUGUAUAGGGUAAUAAGGUAUAUUUAGCAAAUCCUGGAUACAGAAAAUAGAAACUGAUGUCACCUAGCUGAUGCAAUCAACCUAAGGGGAGUCAGAGAAAAGGCUGAAACAUUUGGCUAGUAACUACAAACCAACCAUUGGGGUUGGAACCUAAUAACAAUUACAUUCCAAAAAUAAAAGGCAACAUUUAAAAUAAUCUGAGGUACGCAUCCAAUUUAUUUACCUUACUUUUUUACAUAUUUGAAUUUCUAUAGAGUAGAUUAAUUGUAUGUAUUUUUCUUGCUUUUUCCUAUUUUUCAGAAAUAUUUUUUUUAAUUCCAGAUUAUUGCUCAAAGACAUAUGCCAUUCUGUGGUCAAGGUGUUAUUCUCACAUUAUUCUCAGGCUUUCAUUUUGGUGAUUCAAAGAAAUUGAUAAAUAUGAACAAGAAUAUGCAGAACAGUUCAGGAUUUAAAAUCAGUUGAUUAUGCUUUAUCAGUGGUUAACAUGCUUUUGCUUUGAAGUUUUGUGUGCAUCACAGAUCUUUGAUCUCCAACUCUCCCCUCUUGUAUGUUUGGAAUUUAUGUUCUGAAUAUACCUAAUAAUGAUCUGCAAAGUUGCCCUGGUUUUUCAUGUUGUAUGCGUGUCCAUGAUUGGAACAUUUAACUAUGAAUAUAUUCCAGGAUUUCUCAACUGGAGUUCUGUGGCACCCUAGGGUUCUAUGAGAAGUCACUAGGGAUUCCCUGGGAGAUCACGAUUUAUUUUUUAAAAUUUAAAACAUUUAAAUUCUGGCAAUGCAUUCUUACAGAGAUGAACAAAAAUCUGGUUGCAACUCUUAUCUGAGCUCUCUGGCAGUGCACUAUAGUCUUUCCAUUUUGAAAGGCUGUUAUUAGUUCAACAACUUCUCUAAUAAAUACCUGAUCCCCACAUGGGAUUUCAGAGAAUAUGUUGGUGGUGGUAUCCAUAUUCUGGUUGGUCCUUUCUGUACAAACAAAGAUGUCAUGGGGAUGUCUUAAAGAAAGUGGUUGCUCAUUUUUUGUCUAGAUAGUGUGGACAAAUAAAGUGUGUAAGGAGAAAGCGUUUUUUUCUCACUGUCGGUUUCUUCACAGCAUGUACCCAUCAUUUUCUGCUGCAGGGAUUGAUUGUGCCACCCGCCGUUAAUGCCAUUCAUCGUGCCGCUCUAAGUUGUCCCAGUGCUGUUUCCUUUGCUUGCAUUAUAGGUGGCUGCUAUUUCAGUUUGUAUAAUUCACGAUUAAGCUAAGUUUUCCUUGCCGACAAUGUUCAUCCCCCCCCAUUUUUUGUUUUCAAUGAAGUAUCUUCAGAACUACAAGGACACAAUAUGAAAAUCAGCUGUGAUUCUCAUAUUGUGUUUUUGUAGCUGUGAAGACACUUCAUUGAAAACAACACAAAAAUGGGGGGGGGAGACACAUGUGCAUCAUCGGCAGGGAAAACUUAGUUUAUUCAUGUACUUUACAAGCUGAAAUAGUGGCCCCCUGCAAUGCAAGUUCAGGAAACAGGCACAGUCCUGGGAACAACUAGCGGCAGGCAGCAUAGUGAAUCCCGGCAACAGAAAAUGGCUGGCACAAGCUACAGAGAAACCAAAAGUGAGAGCUUUAAACUUGGGUGGGAAAGAUAAGAUGUUAUUUUCAAAUAAGAUGUGCCUUUUAAAAAAAAACACCCCAGGUUGAGCAGAAAUAAAGUGACCUGAGGAUGUCUUGAGGGAAAAGUUGUGCAAAAUUUUCUCCCCAAAUGCUUCUUUUCAUGUUCUCAAGACAUUUUAUUUGUGUUGUGCAGAAAGCACUUUUAUAUAGUUGAAUCCAUUCUUAAUUUUUUGACACAAGAAAGGGGAGACCAUGGAGGCUAUGCUGCAGGAGAGGAUAAAGUGCAUUUUUCAAGAAAUUAAUGGACUCAUCCAGCAUGACCUUUGACAUCAAUCUCUCCCUCCUGUGCUGUUUUCUUGCAAUUUUCCUGUAGUUAUUUUAUCCUGUUUUCUUAAAUAAACUUCAUUUAUUAAGCCGUG